UGCCGCGUUGUUCUUUUUUUCCCUCUUGCUGCUUAAAUUAUAAUACAGUAUAUCUCAUAGCUCAUUGCGUGCACUGCAAGGACUAAGUUGCCAAUUGAAGUGGAAAGAGGAGAAAGGAAUCAUUUUUGAAGGAUGCCUUCCAAUUGUCUAGAAGAAAUUUGGGUGAUUUUCAAAGGCGGAUGUUCAACACAAGCUGGAGAUGAAAUGUCAUCUGAGUGCUUACCGGAGCCCUGCAACAAGGUCCAGAAUGAUGACAGCAAAGAGGAAGAGGACAACCAGACGGGAGUAGUACCGUUAUCUCCCGUGUGUGAUGCCAUCGGGGUUAAAACAGCAGAAGAUGGACUGAUGAAGGUCCAGAUGGAGGAGAAGCCGUCUGCUGAUGACACAAUGAGAUGUAUUAAGGUGGCUUCCAAAAAGAAGAGACAGGGCAGAGGCUCAGAUGCCAGUUGCACCUUUCGUUACUGCAAGUGUUUACCCAAAAUGUGCUUCCAUCAAGCCAGUAAAAGGGGACAGCAUGUCAAGGAGCCCCGAGGUUCUGGGCCUUUCUUUUAUUUUGGAGGAGCCAAUGGGGCUGAAAUAGUGAGCGCUUACUGUGAGAAAAGGGGAUGGAAGAGGAUAUUCAACAAGCACAGGGAGGACUUCAAACUGAAGUGGUGCGAGACCAAAUCUCCACGCACCUACCUCAACUUUAGAGAAGGAAAACAACUUGUGUAUCAAAUCCCCAACAACAAGGUUCUCACUACAAAGAUCGGCUUGCUCAGCAGUUUGAGGGAGUAUGAGCGAGUCAGCAGCAAAGUCAACCAUGGUCGAGCACUCAGGAAGCUGAAAAUGAAGGAGUUUAUUCCUACAACCUUCCGUAUGGACGUGAAAGAAGAGCGAGAGAGUUUCUUUGCUCAGCAGGAAGGUAUGAACAACAAUUACAGUGAAAUGUGGAUAUGCAAGCCCACGGGUCUGAACCAGGGCAGAGGGAUCUUUUUGCUCAGGAGUGCGGAGGAUGUUGCUGCUUUAAAGCUGAAACUGCAACACAAGGGCGAGCUGCACGGCAACAAGAAGAUGCUUCACCGCCAGCCUCAGGCUUACGUCGUCCAACAUUACAUCCAGCAGCCGCUACUGUUAAGAGGGAAGAAGUUUGACGUGCGUUCCUAUCUCCUUAUUGCCUGCACGUCACCUUACAUGGUCUUCUUUCGCCACGGAUACGUCCGGCUCACCUGUGACCAUUAUGACCCCAAGUCCCACAAUCUCUCGGCCCAUCUGACCAAUCAGUACAUGCAAAAGAAGAACCCCCUGUACAGCCUUGUAAAGGAGGAUACCGUGUGGUCCAUGGAGAGCUUCAACGCCUAUGUAAACGAGCGCUUUCAGAUAGCCGAUGAUCUACCGAGGGACUGGGUGCUGGGCCCUUUCACACGUUGCAUGCAGCAGAUAAUGACACAAUGUUUCCUUGCUGUUAAACCCAAGCUGGAUCGCAAGCUGGGUUUUUUCGACCUGAUUGGCUGUGACUUUAUGGUGGACCAGGACUUUAAGGUGUGGCUUUUGGAGAUGAACUGUAAUCCAGCUCUCCAAGUCAACUGUGAGGUGCUGAAGGAGGUGAUACCCAAUACUAUAGCGGAGACAUUGGAUUUAACUCUUGAAAUCUUCAACAAGUGCCGUCUGAGACAACAGAUCUUGCCUUUGGCCUGUCAGAGGGACUUUGUGCUCUUGUACAAUGGACUCCAUAGCUCUGAAUCCAAUAACACAGAAAAUGGACACAAAUUCAUCAAAAAGAAAGAAGAAGAUAAAAAAAGAGAAGCAAGAUUAUAA